ACACCAAGGAAGAAUUCAGCGCAGACACCAGCAGCAACUCUUGCGGUCAGUGUGCCCUUCACCCACGCCAUGCCGCUCAUGACGGCCUUGAGUCGAAAACGACGACCAUCCUCUCCUCCUCCGCCCUCCCAUUCGGCUCGCUGGGCCAACCCGCCGCUCUCCAAAAUCCCAAAACUCAACCAUCUCUUCGAUGGGACAGGCUCGCGAUCGAUGGAGUCCACCAGCACCGGACGGUCAAAGCUCAGCGUCAAGAGCCAGCUCAAGAGAGGGGUCUCCAGCAUCAAGACGGUGCUGGGCUUGGGAGACAGAUGUAGUGACGGCAGCGUCCAGCAUCAUACUGAGGCCAUGUUUCCACUGACCCAGGGAAAUCAAUCCGUAUAUUUACUCUCCAACGAAUCGAAUACAACAAUGAUCCACCAACCUCUGAGGAUUCGACUCACUGCAAUCGCCGACAGCCCAGAAGAUGACCAGGAAACAUUAGUGUCUCCGACUAUCAGCAGCGCCCCGAUUACCCCCGGGUUACACGAAAUCCCUGAAAAUGAAGAUGAUAAUCCCUAUGAUGUUUAUACCACCCACAAUAGUGGCAGGGAGAUAUCCCGGAGUCAAUCUGCUCCUGGACUCCAGCGCCGCAUCAGCCAGAAGUUUCAACAAGCAUUCGGCAAUGGGAAUUCGACUGUUGUCAAGAAGUCAGAGUUACGCUCGAGACCUAGCGUUCAGACGCUGCUGCGGGAAUCAGCCAUGGCUUCCUCUACACCGUUCUCAUCUACGCCUUCCACAUUGAACAGUGGUACCUUUUCCUCCAUCGAUCGUAAUGCAUCGACUCCGCAGACAUCGGAGCCUAUAACUCCACUGUCGACCGUCCGUCGCGGGAGCGUCAAUUCAUCCGACAUCGACCACCAGACUUUCACAGGAGAAAGUCGCUUGCUUAGUCCCAUUCCGGAGGGCGUCAUUUCUCCUUCCCUUACCAUCAGGACGGUCGAAGCCGCUGCCACGACCAAAAUGUUUUUCGAGCUCCACUUCAACUCAUUGUUCGGUGACACUUCGCCGAGAGCAACACGGCGGAAGGAUUUGGAGAAGCGGAUGCGAGAACUGCAUCUGCCUCCAGGUAUUCGGGAUCGCGCUCGGAAAGCAUGGGAGGUGGCUAAGAGCGAGAAUCUCCGGCAGCAUCGAGUGCUGAAAAAUACGACCAACGAAGCCAAAGCAAGCAAAGGAGUCAGCGUCGGUGGCUUUGAAGUGGUCAGCGUCCUUGGAAAAGGGAGCUUUGGGGUCGUUCGACUGGUCAAGGCAAAAAACAGUCAGGAUGGGUUGCACAGCCCUGAAGGGAGGGAUACCGACAAAAUGCUGACCAAUGUAUCUUCUCGCUCCAGCCUCAAGUCUUCCAGCAGAGCGCUGUCUGGCAGCCUCUUUAACAAGCGCACGAAUUCCAUCCAGGCCAGGAAGGAAGUCUACGCGAUGAAGGUGAUUCGCAAGUCAGAUAUGAUCCGCAAUGGACAAGAGGGACAUCUACGAGCCGAGCGCGAUUUCCUGGUGGCAGCAGAGGGCUCAAAAUGGGUUAUUCCACUGAUUGCCGCUUUUCAGGACCGGAAACACUUGUACCUAGUCAUGGAGUACUGCAUUGGAGGCGAUUUUCUGGGGCUGCUCAUCCGCAAGAACACCCUCAGCGAAGAGUUCACGAAAUUCUACAUUGCGGAAAUGAUUCUCUGCGUCGAAGAAGCCCAUCGCAUGCAGUGGAUUCACCGAGAUGUGAAGCCAGACAAUUUUCUCAUUGCGUUCGACGGGCAUUUGAAGAUUUCAGACUUUGGUCUGGCUUUCGAUGGAGACUGGUCUCACGACCAAAGGUUCUAUCAAAAGAACCGUCACUCGCUGUUGGACGAAUUGGGGAUUGUCGUGGACGGUGACGAGCAGGACAAACAGGAGAAGGAAGCCCAGUCACACCACGCAAGCAGGAAGCAUGGAAAAGACGAUUCGACAUACAAGGAGGAACCUACGCUUGGGGAGCCAAUCUUGGAUUGGCGCAACCGGUCGCAACGUCGACGUUUGGCCCGUUCAGUGGUUGGAACUUCGCAGUACAUGGCCCCCGAAGUCAUUCGCGGCGAGAUGUACGACGGACGAUGCGACUAG